UCUCAACAUAUCUUUUUAUAUUUCCAAUACACUUUUUUACAUUCCCAAUACAAAAAACAUCUAAAAACACACACUAAAAAAACCAAACAAACAUACCGUUAUACUUUUUUUAAGUGGCACAUCUUUCGUUAUUUUUGAUGCUGCUGCUACGGCGCUGGGAGGUUUGCAUUCUUUUCUUAUAUUCUUAAUAAUAAGGUUGUAAUUGCAUCCAUUACCUCUACAGAUGAAAAAUAGACUAACGGAGAUCAGAUCCGAUCGAAUGACAUUCUCUCGGUGGAAUAAGAGAUUAGAGUAAAUAAAUAAGUCGGCAGUUCGCGGUCCUCCAUCGUCAAUUUGGUUGUCGGCAGUCCGGUAUCAGUAAGUCGUUCUCGACAGUCGGAUGGAUGAAGAUUUGAACUUGAUUGGGGAUCUUGUUGUGGUAAGCCUUCUCGCUUUGUUGUUUUAGUCGUUAGUUUAUCGCUUUGUUGUCUAUUGCUGCUCUCCUGACCCGUUUUAGAUGUUUCGUUUCUAUUAAUUGAAUUUGUUGAAUAAUUUUUUUCCCAGGGCUGUGUUAUUGCUGUUUUUUAGUUUCGCGUCUCAGUUUUAAAUUGAUCUUUUUCCAGAAAAUUUCCCGACUUUUUUUGUUUUUCUUUUUGUUUGACUCUUGUUCUUCGUCGUUCUCCAGGAGAAUUCAAAAUUUUCAAUGAAUUUGUUGAAUUACAUGCGGUUUGUUGCUCUGCCUUUAUUUUCUUCCUUCCAAUGUCUCUUGUUCUAUUUGUUUCAUUUUAUUCUUAGAGUUGAUUCUUUGGUAACAUUCCUCGAACAGCAUAUAAGUAAAGAUUGGAUCAGUCAGCUUCCCAAUGAAGUCAUUUGUUGUAUCUUAUCCUUUUUGAGUCUCAAAGAAGCUGGCAGAACAAGUGUUCUGUCAGAAAGAUGGAAGCAUUUGUGGAAAUAUGUUCCUGCACUUGAUUUUAAUGCAAUAUCUGCAUUAUGCAAGGCAGUGACGAGGGAGGAGUACGUGAUUUCCCUUAAAAGGGAGAGGUGCAAGUUUGUUAAUUGGGUAAAUCAGGUGCUAGAGUUCCAUCAGACCUUGGAUCUGAAUAAGUUCAGAGUUUAUACUGAUCUGGAUGAUUCUUUUGGGGCUGAUAUUACUAAGUGGCUUCAGUAUGCCUUUGAUAAGAGAGUAGAAAGGCUGGAAGUUAGCCUUUCCCAGCAUGGGCCUGGUUUUCUCCCUGCAUUUGGUAAUUGUGUUUUUCCUUCGCCAUGUCUUGGACACAGAUUUUGGAAUUCUCUUAAAGUAUUGAUUUUGAAGCGUGUCCUAAUCUCUGGGGCUGAUCUUGAAUUUUUUUUGCACAACUGUAAAUUUCUUGAAAGUUUGGUGGUGCAUUGCUCUUCUUAUUUAUCAACUUUAGAGGUUUGUGGUCCAACCAUUGCGUUGCAACACCUGGAAAUUUGCUUUUGUCCCUUGAAAAAACUCAUCGUGUGCGAUGCCUAUAAUCUUAUCUCCCUGAGCGUUGGGGUGCCAAAAGUAUUAGUGCUUGAUAAUGUCCCACGGCUCGUGCAUAUUCACAUUACCAAUGUUCGUUACAAUGUGGAGGACCUUUUUCACCGGCUUUGGUGCUGCUUUUCUGAACUGGAGGUUCUUUCCUUGGCUCUGAAUAUUGAGAAGACUAGAGAGUAUGAAGGGAAACUUCCUCAGCCACAUGCGUUGAAGCAGUUACUUAUAGAACUUUAUCUGUACCAAGGAGAGAGCACAUUUGGAUUGUUGGUUUGUUUGGAUUCCUUCUUUAGAGCAUCACCAAACCUGGAGAAGUUUGUUGCUAAGGUAUUAGUACGCUACAUAUUUAUCUUUUUCCUUAAUAAAAGUAAUUGUUCAUAGUAAUUAUUCUUUUAAAUUUGAUGUUUUUGCUCUGAUCCAUUCAGGUUCCAAUUUUGGAAUAUUAUUGUAUUGAAGUGAACCAGUAAUUCAGCUUUUUUUUUUCAAUUUUUAUUUUGUUAUUUUCUGUGUGUGUGUGCGCGCAGUUGAAAUACCCGUUGGAAAAACUUAGCAGCACUGGCAUUGAGUCGGAAAUGUGUCCAGCAUCUUCGGGUUGUUGAGAUAUCUGGGUAUCGUGGUCAUACAAUUGAAUUGGAAAUUUUGAUGUACUUGAUCAAGAAUGCAAAUUGCCUAGAGAAGAUAAUUGUUGAUCCACGUUACCAAUCUAUUUGGGGUACAACGAUUUUGAGAUUUGUGGUCGAGAAGCACAGAGAUAACAAAUGAUGCUCGGAGGUGUGCCCAGCAGCAACUUCCGCGAGUUCUUCCUUCACAUGUUAGAUUACAAAUACUUUAGCUCUAGUUUGGUGUCAAAAGGAAGUAUUUUAUUAUAAGCUACUCUCUUUCUUCAGAAAAUGAUUGUCCUAUGUUCCGUAUUAAAUAUUAAAAAAAAACAAUCUCUCGAGAGUUAAGAAAUAUGAAACUUUGUUUCUUAAAUAAAUUACAAUUUUGCAU